AUGGAGCCUCCGUCUCCGUGCCGCCCUGUCCCAUCGUCUACCAGUUUCAGCUUCAAUGUGGAGUUUCAAUAUAGGGACAUAGCCUUUUCCCUCACCAUCCCAGACGCCUACUCUACUCUCCAUACCCUACAGAGAGAUGUGUUUCUUCGUUCAAUAUCAUUGUCUGGCACCAAUGAUAUCAAGCAACCCGUAGAAUUGGCCUUGACUUAUAUUGAGUUCCUCCUCUCCCAGAAAGAAAUUGGGGCCGCAGCUCUGGCGGUGCUAUUGAAGGCAUUUAACAUUCAGUUUCUCGGAAGAACAGACAUCCAUUCUCUCAUCGCUGAACUUACGUCGCGAUCCGAACAACGACGGCGGUGGUUACGCAUAUACUAUCAUGCAGUCAAUCGUGGAUAUGAAAACAGGCUUGACGAGCAUGGCAAAGGCGUGGACUAUAUCCGGAGUGGCCUUUUUCAAAAUGUCGAGAUGAAUCAGUUUCAAGUGAUGGCACUGUUUGGAGGCCAGGGGGAUGCCAGCCUCACAUGCCUGGAGGAGCUUUCCGAACUGUACAACACAUACCAGUCGAUGCUCGAGCGCUUCCUACGAAGGAUGGGGUCUAGGCUUGCCGAGCUGUGCCGCCUGCCACAGUGCCGGCCAUACUAUCAUCAACGAUAUUUGGACAUCGAGGCUUGGAUAACCGACGCCACUGUGGUCCCUGAUAAUGCUUUUGUGGCCAGCGCCCCGGUUAGCGUACCUGUGAUUGGAUUGUUGAGUCUCGCUCGAUACAUCGUUACUUGCCAUAUAUUAGAGAUAUCCCCUGGGCAAAUGCGAGCACUGCUUUGUGCUACCACGGGGCAUUCUCAGGGCCUUCUGGUAUCAAUUAUUGUUGCUAUAUCGGACUCAUGGGAGUCACUUUAUGAUAAUAGCAGAUUAUUAGUGGAUGUCCUGUUCUGGUUAGGAUGGGAGUGUCAUAAUUGCGCGCCUCAAAUUGCAAUCCCUGCGAUGUCCACGAGAAGCGAAGAACGUGACGUGGAUUGCGACACACCAUCAUACAUGCUUUGUGUUCGAGGUGCAACAAGAUGCCAAGUUGAGGAUAUACUGACCCACAUGAACUGUCGCUUCCGGCGAGAAUCACAGUUGUAUCUGGCAUUGGCAAAUACUCAAGAUCAUUUCGUUGUUGCCGGUCCAUAUUCAUCAUUAUUGCAUCUUACCAGCUACCUCCAAGAAAUCUGUACUUCUGGUCCAAAUCAGAGUCACAUCCCGUUCAGUAGCAGAAGGCCAUCUCUCCAGCAUAGCUUCCUGCCAAUCAGCACACCCUUCCACACACCAUAUCUUCGCCCAGCUGCAGAUUCUUUGAAGUUGAGAUUUUCAGACAGAUGUAUCCUCCCCCAGCAACUGGCCAUCCCAGUUUACGACACCAGGACCGGUAAUGAUCUCCGUGCUUCAGAUGGGGACGUCCUGCAUUUAGCAUUUGACGCUAUUGUCCAUGACAUUUGUGAUUGGCCCGCUACACUGGCCUGUUCACCCAAGAUGAGUGCUCGUCGACCUCCUGUGUCUCAUAUUAUUGUCUUUGACCGUGGCGGUCUUAGCUCAUUAGUGAAGAAACUUAAAGAGGGCCAGGGGGUUCGCGUAAUUCAAGGCUCUGAUCUGGAUUCCCGGGAUCCUGAGCUGGGAACCAUGAAGGAUCUAUUCUCUCCCCUGUUACUUCAUUCUGCGACCAGGCUCCAGUCUUGGGGACAGCGCUUCCAACCCCGACUGAUCCCGGGGGCAAAGAUUAGGAUUGAAACACGUCUUACGCGGCUCUUGGGCACCCCUCCAAUUAUGGUUGCCGGUAUGACACCCACUACAAUGCACUGGGACUUCGUUGCAGCCAUCAUGAAUGCCGGGUAUCACGCUGAGCUGGCUGGAGGAGGUUACCAUACUGCCGACAGUAUGGCUUCAGCCAUCGAUCAGCUUGUCAAAAAUAUUCCUGCCGGACAAGGCAUCACUUGUAACUUGAUUUAUGCCAACCCCCGUGCUAUUAGGUGGCAGAUCACACUCUUACGUCGCUUAUCGCACGCGGGUGUCGCGAUCGACGGCUUAACCUUUGGAGCUGGCGUUCCGUCGCUGGACAUUGUCAAGGAGUACAUCCAGACGCUAAAUCUGCGACAUAUCGGUUUUAAGCCCGGUUCAGCCGCGGCCAUCCGAGAUGUGGUUAGUAUCGCCAGGGCCCACCCCAACUUUCCUGUUAUCCUUCAAUGGACAGGUGGGCGUGGAGGAGGGCAUCACUCCUGCGAAGACUUCCAUGCUCCUAUACUGAAUAUGUACGGACUAUUACGGCAACAACCGAACAUUUACAUGGUCGCUGGCAGCGGAUUCGGUAGCAGCGGCAGUAUCUAUCCAUACCUCACAGGCUCAUGGUCAGCCACAAUGGGAUAUGCGUCCAUGCCUUUUGACGGAGUUCUAUUGGGUAGUUGCAUGAUGGUUGCGAAAGAGGCCCAUACAAGCAAGGCUGUCAAAGACAUUAUCACGUCGACGUCUGGAUUGGACGACAACGAUUGGGAAAAGACAUAUGAUGGACCUGCCGGGGGGAUAGUUACGGUGCUGUCGGAAUUGGGCGAGCCAAUACAUAAGAUAGCAACCAGGGGUGUCCGUCUUUGGGCCGAAAUGGACAAGACUGUUUUCAGUCUCCCCCGACAAGACCGUGUCGCAUAUUUGACAAAACAUCGUGAUAUGAUAAUUCAUCGCUUGAAUGCCGAUUUCGCAAAGCCAUGGUUUGGUCGCAACUCACAAGGGGCUGUAGUUGACCUGAAGGAAAUGACCUACGCUGAGGUGAUGAAUCGGCUUGUGGAACUAAUGUAUAUCCGUCACCAAAGGCGUUGGAUCGACUCAUCUUACGUGAGUUUCACAUUCGCAUUCGCCGUCCGCACCUUAGAACGUUUGCCGGGGGAGUUGAGUGAUUCACAGCAUCUUUCCCGAGUAUCACUUGAGCUUGAUCCACUCGGCUUUGUUCGUGCAUUUAUCACUGCGCGUCCCGCUGCAGUUGCAGAAGUCUUGAAUCCUGAAGACGUCUCAUUCUUUCUGAUGCAAACCAGAAAGGAUAAUCAAAAACCCGUCAACUUUAUACCCGCUCUGGGCGACGACUUUGAGUACUAUUUCAAGAAGGAUUCUCUGUGGCAAUCGGAGGACAUUGACGCUGUGAUUGGUCAGGAUCCAGGCCGAGUAUGCAUUCUCCAGGGCCCUGUGGCAGCGCGGUAUUCAUGUGACCGGGGAGAAUCGGCAAAGGAGAUUUUGGAUACUCUGCUAUAUUCUCUCAGUGACUGCUUCCAGCGAGAUAUGUGUGUAGAGGAAUUGACUAUCGGGAUUGAUAGUGGUUUAGUUACACCAGAUUCAUGGUCCACGGUCUCGCCCGGUACUAAGGAUCUCUUUAUGGAGGGAAUUUCCACUCCAUCUUCCACGGCACUCUCGGACUCCAGUGAUGAUCCAUGCGUUUGCUCAUUCACAGUUCCUUAUAGCUCCGACCGAAACGUUCCCGUCUGGGUACGGGCAGUCCUGGAAGAUAGGUUUGUGUUGCAGGGCCGACUACGGCGGAAUAAUCCUUUCCGCGAGUAUGUGGAGAAGUACCCCGAAUCAUCUAUCCGGUACAAUCCCGGUCGGUCAGAGGUAUCUGUAAUGGCUCAAGAUAGCCCGGACAUCAGAUCUUCAAUGACGAUCACUUGUCAGAAUGGGGUGGAUGUUAUUGUCGAACUUCAUCCUCCAUAUAAAGCGGACAAUCUGCAGCUACUCUACCAAUUUGAUCCUAGCAGGGUCCCCUUCAGAUUGAGUGAGAUUAUGGAAGGCCGGAACGAGCGCAUCAAGUCAUUUUAUAGUGAGCUCUGGCUUGGUGAGCGCACAAUCAGCCGUAUGGAUCUGCACAGCACUUUCACUGGGCGUCCAGUCAAGCUUACCCGCCAGCGGUUUGAGAAGUUAGUCUUAACUGUUGGUGAAGCGUUUCCCGACCAUCGAAUCGUGUCAUCAGACUCAGACAUUCUGCCUAUUAGUGUCGGCAUCAUUAUCGCUUGGGAUGUGAUAUCUCGUCCUCUUGUUCUCUUGGAUAUUGAAGGUGACCUACUUCGGCUGGUUCACCGAUCUAACACGAUUGCAUACAAUCCCGGUGCCGCUCCAUUGAGACUUGGUGAGACAGUCACCUCCCAAUCACGGGUCCAGUCUGUCUAUAUAGAAGAUACAGGCAAGGUGGUGGUUAUAAAAGCCCGGGUGAUUCGUUCUGGAGAGCAUGUGUUGACAAUCACGUCAACAUUUCUUCUCCGAGGUUCUUUUCACAACGUCGAAAACACCUUUCGGAAAACAGAAUUAUCCGACUGGAGGAUCAACGUGCGAUCGAGUUUGGAAGAGACUUUGUUAAAGUCACGGAAGUGGUUUCAUCCACUCGCCGCUCUACCUUCGCUAGUAGACAAGUCGGUGGUAUUCAAUAUUGAGAGUCACGUUGCGUAUAAAAAAAACGGACACACCAGCCUUCGAGUCACAGGCCAAGCACAUACCCGGACAGGGUUCAAACUUGAACAUAUAGGAGAUGUGGACUUCAUAUGCGAUGAUUGUAUUGGAAACCCUGUUUCGGAGUUUCUUGAGCGUAAAGGGAUUGCACAAGGCGGCAGAAUCGACUUUGAAAAACCUGGCUGGCCUGGCCGGUCAUCGUUCGAAAUCCAGAUGCCUGCCAGCAACAAUGCCUAUGCUCAAGUUUCGCAAGAUUUCAAUCCUAUUCAUGUCUCAAGCAUUUUUGCCAGCUUUGCCCAGCUGCCGGGCACUUUGUCUCAUGGCAUGUGCACAUCCGCAAUUUUAACUGCGGUCCUCGAGCACUUAGUCUUAGAGAAUGAUCGGUCGCGUCUACGACAUUUUUCCGCUGCAUUUCUGGGGAUGGUAAUGCCUUCGGAGAGGCUGGCAGUGCGACUAGAGCAUGUGGGAAUGGUUGAAGGGCGCAUGCGAUUUGUUAUAGAAGCAUGCCGAACCGCGAACGGAGAAAAGGUGAUGGAUGCGGAGGCCGAAGUAGAACAGCCUGCAACAGCGUACCUCUUCACAGGUCAAGGUAGUCAAAGUAGAGGUAUGGGAAUGGACUUAUACGAUAGGAGCUUAAGUGCCAAGGGGUUGUGGGACGAGAUCGAUGCACAUCUAUGUGACGCUUAUGGCUGGUCAGUCCUGGACAUUGUCAGGAACAAUCCGAAAACGCUCACCAUUCACUUUGGGGGCAAACAAGGUCGUAAAAUUCGCAAAAACUAUCUUUCCAUCAUAGCAGAAACAGUGCUUCCUAACGGUGACCGCAUGCAAAAGCCAGUUCUGGCGGGGCUCACACCGACGUCAGCGUCCUACACAUUCCAUGACCCUAGGGGACUCUUGUAUUCGACGCAAUUUGCACAACCGACAAUUCUUCUGUUCGAGGCGGCAGCUUUUGCAGAGAUGCGUGCCAAAGGUUAUGUAUCACGCGAGGCGGUAUAUGCUGGCCAUUCCUUGGGGGAAUACGGGGCACUGUCUGCACUGUCAGAGUUCAUACCAACAAUUGCCCUCGUGGAAUUAGCUUUCUAUCGCGGGUUGAUGAUGCAGGCCUCGGUGGCACGAGAUGGUGAGGAGAGCGACAGAUAUGGUAUGGUGGCUGUAAAUCCAGAACGUGUGGGUAAGGCUUUUGAUCAAGCUUCAUUGAGCACUAUGGUCUGCACGAUCGCUGCCGAGAGCCGGGAAUUGUUGGAAAUCGUGAAUUUCAACGUGGAUGGGGAGCAGUAUGUGUGUUCGGGCACGUCAACCAAUCUUUACGUUCUUGGGAAAUUGAUGGACCACAUCGCACAGUGUCCCAGUGGAGCAAAACAAGUCCAGGCGAUGAGGGACUCCACCGACGCGUCCACGAUGGAGCUCUACCGAGUGAUCCGCGACCUCCUGCAUCAUGCCAAGACCCUUCCCCGACCAAUUGAACUACAGCGCGGCCAGGCCACGAUUCCCCUGCAGGGCAUCGACGUGCCUUUCCAUUCCAGUCACCUGCGUUCAACAGUCAAUGUGUUCCGACAAUGUCUCCUCCGGCCAGGACUGCUGGUGGGGAACGUAGAUGCUGAGGAGCUAGAGGGGAAGUAUAUCCCUAACCUAAUGGCCCAGCCGUUUUCGUUAGAUGAGAAGUAUAUCAGACAAGCUUUCGACUUGACGCAGAGCCCAGUUCUAGGGGAAAUCCUCGGCGUCAAACAUACGUUCCAUGCCGUCUAA